UUAGCGUGUCGUAGUCCAUUUGUACUUUUAUUGUCAUCCUGCGUGUUCAUUUACCUGUAAUGCAUGUAUAUGGUCGACACUACUUCACUUCGUUGAUAAGGCACACUGUACAACAAAUGCGAUAUGACAACACGGUACUUUCCAGCAGUAUAUGUGGGAGUUUUUGUCUUGACAGUCCUGGUAUUUGGCGCAAGUAAUAACCCAACAACGUUAAAGCAUGCCUCAACGCCACGCCCAACACCAGAGUCCUGGGAGUACACCACCACGUGGUUUGCUUAUGAUGCAAUCAAUCAUUUCAUGUGCUGUGCCCAUACCACGAGAUUGAUGAGAGUAUGUCUGUGUUACCAUGUGCCUUAUGAGGAACAACGAUUAAUGCACGAUCGGGAAAAAUCCAUUGAAAUCGAGGAGAGGAUACUUCGUCUAUACGUCGAUGGUCACCACGCUCCAAUGAGUGAUCUGGAGUUUUACAGCAAACUAGCCUACGAAAUGUGUAUAGGACACGGUAGAUACCGCAAUACUACGCUUCUACGCGUUUACGAGUAAACUGACAAUAAAAUAAUCAACUCGAAACAA